AUGUCUUCUUGGGAGCACAGUUCUGUUUUUCAAUCAGCAGGUGGAGCUCGUUCAACCAGAGGUAGUGAAAAACGUGGAAAGAAGGCCGGUGAUCAAAGUGGAACGAAGCCAAUCGUCAAGUACUCCCGUCGCUUCAAACAAAAUAAAAACAUUCCUGAAGUAGCAGCAACUCCAAUUCAGGAAGCUUCGAUACCAGAAGAUAUCAGUAACGCCAAAGUAGACCCAGAUGCAACUGCCAAAGUUGUGACUGUUCUGCAAGAACAGUCUUCAGAUGACGAACAAGUGUUUUAUGACGAUUUUGAUGACAUCGAAUUGCCGGACGAAAGUGAGAUAGCCUUACCACCUGACCAACCCAUUCUGACGUUUUCAUCUAAAGAUGAAGACGUUAAGAAUCUGCAGCAUCCUGCUCUUCAAACUGCGUUAGCAUCUAUCAUAUUACCGCAACUUGUAGGCGACGGUGACCAAAAUGUGGAGGCCAAAUUUGUAUGCAGACAUUGCGGUAGAUAUAGAUGGAAGAGCACUUUGAGAAGGCACGAAAACGUUGAAUGCGGAGGAAAAGAGCCAUCUCAUCAGUGCCCUUAUUGCCCUUAUAAAGCAAAACAACGCGGUAAUUUAGGUGUCCAUGUACGCAAACACCAUGAUAAAAUGAAAUUUACCAAAGUUUCAAAAUUAUUUCCAAUUAAUUCGUGGCCCUUAUUGGCCUUUUUGUUUUUAAUUGCAGCUGAAGAUUUGAGUAUUACUCGCAUUGCCGGAUUGAGCUGGGACCAGUGGUCGGCAAGAUUGGCUUUACCUCUGAUAACGCAGUUGCGUGAAGGUUCACUGCCCCUGAUGUUGCCUAGAGAUUUGUCUGUCUCUCAGCCUACGAAUGCGAUGACUCCUGGUUUUUCUUGUCCAGACUGCGGAAGGAUGUACAAAUUAAAGUCGUCGCUAAGAAACCAUCAAAAAUGGGAGUGCGGUAAGGAACCUCAAUUCCAAUGUCCAUACUGUGUGUAUCGGGCCAAACAGAAAAUGCAUAUAGGAAGGCAUAUGGAACGAAUGCAUAAAGAGAAGUUUAUUAAAAUUGAGGAAGAUAAUAAGGCGUUCAAUUAUGAACAAAUGCAAAUGCAACAACAGAACGCUUCCUCGAAUGGACAACAGUAGCGAAUAGACAAUUUGUUUCUGUUCUAAUGAUUCAGAUAAACCUUCAAUUGCACAUAUCAUUAUGAAUGCCCGUGUUAAGUUAGUGGCUUUCUGUUGAAAUCUGUUUAUUAUUCAGAAGCAAAUUAUUUGUUUAUUGUCGUUUGCUUGGAAUAGGUAUGGUGACCUAAUUUCGGUUGAUUAUUGUUUAAGAAGUUCUAAUCAGUGUUUUUUAUUCGCUUAGAAUCCUCAUUUAGUUUAUUUUCAACUCAGGUAUUUUAUCCGACUGUUAUGAUUACUCGUCGAUUUACAACACAAUAUGGCUUUGAAUACGUGAUAAAUUAUCACGUGUCAUAUUGCCGUUCCUAUGAUAGAUAAAACUUUUAUAU